GCGCUAAUUCCUCCGCGUUGUUCAGGUUAUGAAUAUUUACUGCUGAAACUUGAAUUGAGCGGAAGAAAGCAAAAUAUCUACUUUCGUAGUCGCGUUUUGGUUUUCUUCUCAGGAGUCAGACGAGACAUCAGAGAACAAGAGCGUCUUAAGUGACUGACAUCCACAAAGCAGGCGAUUUAUAUCUCUAUUCUACAGAAAAACAAUGUCUUUUAUGUUAAAACACAUGAUAGGAGGGCAACUGAAGGAUCUUACCGGGGGUCUUGGAGAAGAAAAAGCAGAAGGAGAAAAGUCAGAAGCUGCCGCGAAAGGAAUGACACAAGAAGAGUUCGAGCAAUAUCAACAACAGUUGGCGGAGGAGAAGAUGGAGCGGGAUGCCAGCUUUGCCCAAAAGAAAGCUGAGCGAGCCACAGUCAGGAGCCACUUCAGAGAAAAAUAUCGUCUUCCAAAAAGCGAACUGGAUGACACGCAAAUUCAGGCUGCGGCCGAUGACGUGGAGUUGCCCACAGAGCUGGCCAAGAUGAUCGCCGAAGACAACCAGGAGGAGGAGCACAAACAGUCCGUCCUGGGUCAGCUGACCAAUAUUCAGAACGUAGAUAUUGACCAGCUAAAAGAAAAGGCCCAGUCUACCAUUGAAGACCUUAAACAGUCUGCUGAAAAGUGUGAGGUCAUGUAAUACACAAGCACCACAGAGCUGGACUGCUGAUUGAGGAUCAGAUGUUUCCUGAUAUAUAAUAUAGAGAAUAAAUCUGAUCCAUAAAUAGCAUACCUAUAACAAAAUACAAGCUCCUACCCAAAGCCAAGCAAUGACAUAUAAAUUUGAAGUGUGUUUGUUGAUAUCGCAAAUAAUGUUUGCUAUACACCGUAUACCCCACAUGCAUUAUCAUAAUUGUGGUUAAAGGCAAUAAUUAUCAGUUCAUAACUGUUUACUUCUUGUCCUUCAGUGUGUAAAAUGUUAAAACAUACAAAUUAGCCCAAAAAAAUACAAAAUACAGUAUUCCAGUCUGCUAAAUGCAUAUUUAUAAUAUGUAUAAUAUGUAUUAUGAAUGUUAUGUAUAAAAUACAAAAUUGUUUAAAUUAUACAUAAAUAACAAUGUAUUUGCUCCUUUUUAUGUACUCAAUAUAUUGAUGUAUUUAUGUGCAGUGUGUAUAUAAAACAUACAAUGUUGUUUUUUAUGAACACAAAUAUAAACUUGUGAACAGUCAUUGUUUAUUUCUCUUA